CGAGCAGCACGCAGCAGCAGCGGCGGCGAGACACAGCGACACCGGGCCGCUUCACCGACCCAGAGCCGAGCGGGACCGGGACCAGGCAGGGGAGGGCUGGGGCUCGGCGCAGGAGAAUGAGAGAGCCCUCUGAACCGGAGGGGGCGAAACCAUGAACGGGGCGGUGUACAUUUCGUUUUUCCAGGGCCAGCUGGAGUCCGUGCUGGAGCAGGUCGUUCAGCUCGCCGUCCAGGAAAUCAGCAAGUCUGUGGGCUCCAGCCUGAACACGCUGCUGCUGGAGACGGCCGUGAAGGAGCAGGAAAACCACCGGCUCAGGCUCCAGCUGCAGGCACGGGAGAACCGCGGCCGAGCCGCCAGCAACCCCGCGGAUGGAGGAGGAGGGUCCCCGGGUAGGAACAAGGCAAGCAAGGGGGCGGGCGACGAGAGGGCGGACAGCGGCAGGACAAAGCCCGAGCAGCCGCCGCAGCAGCAGCAGCUCCACGCCCCCGGAGGGCAGGGCACCGAGCCCGGCGUCCCCAUCGACACACGCCGUCUGGAGCAGCGAGGACGCGUCGUGGACCAGCUGAAGUCCGUCAUGGAGAAAGUUCUGGACUUUGCAGUUCACGAGCUGACGAAGAUCGUGGAGGCGUCGUUUGACGACCUGCUGCUGGAGAUCACCAAGAUGGAGCGAGAGCAGCAGGUGCUGGAGGAACGGCUGGACCGGAGCUCCGACAGGGCCGGGGCCGGAGGCGCAGACAAAGGGAGAGCAGAGAAGAGGAGAGGAGGAGCAGGAGGAAGGAGGAGGGGGUCGGAGAACGACUCCGUGUCUCCCAGUGGAUCUGAAGACGCCCGCGAGGAGCUCGCCGAGGUCACCGUGUCCAAAGACACGCCAGAGACGGACGACCGGGACCGUCCCCCAGUCCUCUCCGUCUCUCAGGACUGGGUUCCCAUCCUGGACAAAGUCUUUGGUCAGAAGUGGUGCAGCGACGUCUGGCAGAUCAAGGAGAUCGGAGGAGGAGGUGGGGGAGGUGAAGGAGGAGGUGGGCGGAGCCUGAGUGAGGGCGGGGCCGAGCAGGCGGCGCCGCUCUCCACCCCCUCUGUGACCCUGGAGCCGUCCCCCUCCUCCCCCCAGCAGGACCCCCGCUGGACUCCUCUGGAGGACAUGGAGGUGUUUUCUCCCGACGAGGACGACCGUCAGAGGGAACCGGCCGGCCCGCCGCCAGGACCCUCACCUGGCCCCCCCCUCAGCCCCACAGGGUCGUGUGGUAGGCGCUCAUCCGCCUCGAUGCUUCACCGUCUCCUCACGCUGCCGUCUCAGCUGCUGGAGGACGACGACGAGGACACCGCCGCCAAGGAGACGCUUGCCGCGCUGGCCAUCGAAGCCGCCAACGCAGAGUGCAGAGAGGGCGCCGAGACAGUCGCUGCGGUGACCCGGGAGGAGGAAGAUGAGGAGGAUGAGGAGGAAGAGGAGGAGGAGGACAAAGGGAGGAAGAAGAAGCGGCGGAGGGUCUGGUCGGAGUGCGAGGAGUGCGGGCGGCGGUUCAGCCGGAUGUCUCUCCUGAAGGCUCACCGCCAGACGCACGCCGCCGAGAACACCGCCGCCGACAUUGCGUCCCCCUCCACCCCGCCCGCCAGCACCGCCGCCGCGCUGCGCUGUUCCGACUGCGGGAAGAGGUUCUCCUCAGCGACCCGACUCCACAGCCACAUCCGGACCCAGCACCACGGGAACCAGUCCUGAAUCCGGCAGGGUCACCUGGAACCGACCGGAGACAGAACAACCGCCGAACAAAAACCAGACCACAGCAGGACCCACAGACCUGAGACCAGAUCAGAACCACAGCAGGACCCACAGACUAGAGACCAGAUCAGAACCACAGCAGGACCCAUACACCUGACACCGGAUCAGGACCACAGCAGGACCCACAGACCUGACACCGGAUCAGGACCACAGCAGGACCCACAGACCUGACACCGGAUCAGGACCACAGCAGGACCCACAGACCUGACACCGGAUCAGGACCACAGCAGGACCCACAGACCUGAGACCAGAGCAGGACCCAUAGGCCUGACACCGGAUCAGGACCAGAGCAGGACCCACAGACCUGAGACCAGAGCAGGACCCAUAGACCUGACACCGGGUCAGGACCAGAGCAGGACCCACAGACCUGAGACCAGAUCAGAACCACAGCAGGACCCACAGACCUGAGACCGGAUCAGGACCAGAGCAGAACCCAUAGACCUGAGACCGGAUGAGGACCAGAGCAGAACCCACAAAUCUGAGACCGGAUCCGAACCAGAGCAGGACCUACAGACCUGAGACUGGAUCAGGACCAGACCAGAGCAGAGCAGGACCCACAGACCUGAGACCAGAUCAGAACCAGAGGCCAUUUAAAAGGAACCGCAUCCAGAUCUCCAGUCCAGAACUGGUGACGAUCUGAAGCAGACAAACAGCCCGACCGCCAGAGAUAGACCUUUAAGAUGCUUUUAUUCUGAAAUGCAACAGGAAGUUGACGCCUGACACAUUUUUAUUAUCAACUAAAUUAUUGAUUAUUAAUCAAUCGAUAACAUUCAUAAUUUUAUUCGAAAAGUUUCAGGAAUCCUCAAACAACAAACUGAAAAAUAGUUAAAGUUCAAACUGAAAUGACAAUAAUGUAAAAUGUCUUGUCAGCUUCCUGUUCGGUCACGAUUCAACAAAAUAAAACGUUCCUUAGUUUUAUUUGUCGGUGCCCUGAGAGCCGAGGAAUCACAAACGCAUGGAGAGAAAAAAGGUUUAAAAAAAAAAAUAAAUGUAAAAAAAAAAGAUUUCAUUGAAAAAAUGCAAAACAAAAAAAUCAAAAACAAAAUGUACUUCUUUUCGUGACUUAUUAUAUAUAUAUAUAUAUAUAUAUAUAUAUUUAUUUUUUUAAUUUUUUUUUAAUUUUUAUUUAAAUCAGUCAAACCCACUCUUCUGUGGGUAAAAUAAAUCAAAUAAAUCUAACAAAUUAUCUUGUCAGAUAAUAAUAAUUAUAAUAAUAAUUAUGUGAAAAUAAUCGCAUAACGUUUUUUUUUUCUGGAGGAAAAUAAAAAAAUCCAUUCAGAUGAAAUUUCUUCACCAAUAAAAACAUUACUUUGCCCCAAAAAAUAUAAAUAAAAUACAUUUUUUCCGCCUGUUUUUUCAUCUUAAACACGAGAGAAAACCUUUUUAAAUCAGCCUUUUUUUUGUGUCUUUUUGCCUCUCAGGGCUUCCGUCCUUUUUUUAAAAACUUGCGUCACAAUUCAGACAUCGAACUGAAACGGAUCCGUUAAAGUCUCAGCCGGAGGUGAUGAAGUUGUUCUUCUCCUGGAAAAAUAACGAGAAUAAUAGUCGGUGUCGGGGCUCACAGGUAGACAAGCCUGUUUGUUGUUGAAGUGCCCUUUUAUUGUUUCAACAAACAAACAAACAAACUUCUUGUUUUGAUCCUUUGGAUUAUCGUCAAGUUUCAGAGUCUCGACGAUCUCUGAGGAUUCUUCUUCUUCUUCUUCUUCUUCUUCUUCUUCUUCUGGCGUCACAAACAGUUUUGGCGGCAAAUUGUUUGGACUCAUCGAAUGUGAACCUUUUGAAGCCGUUUGUAUCGUUUUUAUUUUGUUGUACAGUUUUUACUUUUCACACAGAACUGAUGACGGACGAGAGAGAAGAGGAAGGCUUUUAAUCUGUUUACUCCUUCACUCAUCCUUCCUUUAUCCCUCGUUCUCCAGUUCUGCUCCGUGACCUCACAGUGACCUUGCGGUAACCUCCUGGUGACCUCGCAGUGACCUCCUGGUGACCUCACGGUGACCUCAGAUACCUCCUGACAAACAAACACAAACUCCUUUCCUGCUCGAUUCUAGUUUAACUUUGGCUUCAACUAAUUCAUUUUUCUUUUUCUUUUUUUCUGAAAGUGAUCCGAUCCGUACGGAAGCCAACGAUUGCCAGGAAAAAAAAACAAGUACAUGUUAAUUUAAAAAAAAAAGUUAAAAUGCUCCAAAUAAUUAUUAUUUUCUUUAUUAUUUUUUUUAAAUCAGUGUGAUGUGUAUGGAAGCCCUGAGCUGCCAGGAAAAAAAAGUAUAUUAUUGGCAAAAUAAUAAAUUAAAACACUCAUUAUGAAAUGUAACAAUGUGAAAUUAAUUAUGAGAUCCUUUAUUUAUUUUAUUUUUAGAAUAAAAGAAAUAUAAUUAUUUUGAUUGGCAACGUUUUACCAGUUUUACUUUUUUUUUUUUUUUUUUUUCCUGGCAGAAAAAUAAAAGUAUGGAAGCCCCGAGCUGCCAGGAAAACCAACAAUAGCACUUAAAUUUGAAAAAAUAGAUAUAUUAAAACACUCAUUAUGAAAUGUGAAAUUAUUUGUGAGAUUAUUUUAUUUUUAGAAUAAAGGAAAUACAAUAAUUUCGUUUUGUAACCAGUUUAACCAGUAACCAGUUUUUCCUUUUUUUUUUUCCUGGCAGAAAAAUAAAAGCUUCCACUCUAAAUAUACAUAUUUAAACAGCUUAAUAUGAAUAUUUGUUUAUUUCUACAAGAAGCAAACAGGACCACAUGUUUACGCUUGUUUCUCUGCGACUCAAAAUAAUUAUUUACUUAAAUCAGUGUGAUGCAUAUGGAAGCCCCGAACUGCCUGGAAAACCAACAAUAUCACUUAAAUUUAAAUUAAUUAAUUAAUUAAAACACUUAUGAAAUGCGACAAAAUGUUAAAUUAAUUAUGAGAUCUUUUAUUUAUUUAUUUUAUUUGAAUUAUUUUGAUUCGUAACGUUUUACCAGUUUUUUCUUUUCUUUUUUUUUUCCUGGCAGAAAAAUAAAAGCUUCCACUCUGAAUAUACAUAUUUAAAACAGCUUAACAUGAAUAUUUGUUUGAUCGUUUUGAAAAAACACAGAAAUUAAGUUGAUUAAUCAUAAGUUUGUUUUUUGCUGGAAUGCGUUGUAAUUUAAAUGUUUCUCUGGCUUUAACUAAUUAAAGUUUUCAUUUCUUCAAUGAAUCUGCACGGAAGCUCGUCGCUACCAGAAACACACGAAACAUUUGAAAUGACAAAAUACAAACGUUCACUUAAAAUCGUAACAACAUGAUAAUAAACCAAACGUUUGGUUGAUCUAAACAUAUAUUUUUUAUUUAGUUUUUUAAAUUUAGCUCUUAUGAGGUUGGAUGGACUGAGAACUGCAAGUAAAUCCUUGAAAUUAAUAAAAAGUUUAGUUUUUAAAUCCAAAAGUUUCGUUUUAUGAUGAUAAAACGUUUUUGUCAUUACAAACUUCUCAUGUGACAGAAAUGGGCUUCAAUACAAUGAAACAAUUUAAUCUAAAAAAUAUUUAACAAAUAUUUCAGUUCAAACCGACAAACUGUUUUUAUUUUAAUCAUUCCUGCAUUUCCAUCAGAGACUCUGUAGUACUCUAUUGUACUCUUCAGUACUCUUUAGUGAUGGAGGGAACAGAAGAAUCAGAUUUCAGUUUUUCAACCUUUUUUACGCUUUUUAAAUGUGCAAACUGUUUCCAUGGCGACGCUGUGAUUCUGUUUAUACGUGUUUUGAACAAAAAAAGAAAUUUGAAGCAAUAUGAAGCAAAUACUCUGCAGAGCGGCCGUAGUUUUAUUUUUAUUUUGGACGAGCCAUUCACAGCUGACGAACGACUCUGUGAACCAACGAGAAUCUAAAACCAUCAGGAACAAAAACAAGCUUUGGUUUGACUCUCUGGGUCACAUCUGAUACAGUUAAACUUCUGUACUGCAAUCAAAAAACGUUUUACUGCGAGUAAAAUAAUUUUGUUAUUAAAAAUGUAUCAAAGUGUGUAAAUAUAAUUUUGUUUUCCAAGCAAACAAAUGCUUGACAUUUUGACUUUAUUCUCGACAUUAAGACUUUAUUCUCAAAAUCCUAUUACGACUUUAUUCUUGACAUUUCGACUUUAGUCUCGACAUUACAACUUUAUUCUUGAUAUUUCGACUUUAUUCUCAAAAUCUUAUUACGACUCUUUACUUUUUAAAGAGUUUUGAUUUCCAAUCCAACAAACAAAAUGUUGGGGUUUUGAUCCACAUUAAUACAUUUUUAAGUUAAUUUUACUUGGAAUAAAACAUUUUUUCUGAGUUUAUGAAGUUUGACUGUACGGUUGCCGGCACUCCUCCUGAUUAAUAUGCUGAUUAUCAUUAUUAAUGAGCUGAUGUUUUCUGCCUCUGCUUCGCUAACAUAUGGAUCACUCGACCACUUUUCUGCCAACGCCGAGUGUCUUCGUGUUUCUGACCCGUUGCACUUUGUUCACUUACCUCAUAUUCCUUCUGUCGUUACACAUUUCAUGUGUUUGAUUUGUUACUCUCCACACAGACCUCAUUACCUCAGUAGAUGUUUGACUACAAUAAUGUGUUUAUCUUGAUUUUAUUCUGUUUUCAUUUUUGGAUGCGUAACAGCUUUUUUUUUGUUUUGUUUUUUUGUCAUAAACUGAACCUGAAGCUGUCGAGUAAAAACCACAAAAACACACAUUUCUCAGGUUUGAAGUGAAACAAGACUUAUUUUUAAAAUAAAUACAGAUUAUGGUUUUAGUUUAACAGAUUGUACUGAUAUAUGGAAGCCCAUUAAUGCCAAAACAAGGAGAAGAUACUUUUUUCAGUCAAAUGUGAAAAAUCAUGGACUGUUUAAUCCGUUUGUAAUUAAAAUAUUGACUUACAAACUUGUGGUCGCAUAAUUAUUAUUUUUUUGUCAAUUACAAAAAUUAAGUUUUCUUUUGGCACUGAAGGGCCUCCAUACUGAGCUGUAAACAUUUUGUGAAACAUCGAUUGUUUCUUUGUGUUUGAACAAAUAAAUGCUACUUAAACAAACACAUGGCGGUAAAAUUAGAUGAAAAAUAUCAAAUUGUAAGACGAAAAUAAAAAAUUAGAAACACUAAAUAUUCACAAUCGAUCAAAUGAAAUAAUGUAGAACAAGUUCUUUAUGUUCAGCUUCACUUCAGAUAAAAUUUUUAUAAAAAUCAUAAACGCACAACAAACAAGCAGUUGUGUGGUUUUUACAGGACAGCAGCUGCUUCACUGAACCGUGUGCACAUUAAAUACUUACAGCUGCUGUCGGAGGGAAACUUCGACCUGAGACGCGUCUGUCGCGGUUCGGAGGUUUUCUGCCGACAGCAGCAGCUUCAUCAUGUGACCUGUGCACCAGUCGGCGCUCCUCCUGUUCCUGUUUACAAAGCCAUAGAAGAAGAGAGAAAUGUUUCUGGUUGAAAAUAUAAAAAAAAAGGGAAAAUGAUUAACAAAUGAGACCAAAACGAAAUUAAAUUGUAAAAGAAAACUGAAAAGUGGAUAAAAUUCAGUGAUUUCUACAAUAAAGGGACCCAAUAAAUUAAUUCUGACAUUCUGACGACAUAAAAUAGGAUUUAUCUUUUUAUAUCUUGCUGACGUUAUUAGAAACGUUUUGGUGUCAUCUGCAUAAAAGGUUGUUCUGAAAGACUUUCUCGUAAUUUAAUAAUUAUUUGGAAAAGUGUUUCACAUUUGAGUUUAAUAUCUCAAACUCAAGAUGUUUUUACUCCUAAAAAAAUGAUAAAUUAAUUAUACAGGACAAAAUUCAGACGGUACAUUUUUAAAAAUAAAAAAGGGAAAAAUCUGAACAAAUGAAACCAAAACUCAGGUGUUUAGUAAAAAAUGUAAAACAAAUAAACCAAACAAACCAAAUCAUUUCUACAAUAAAGGGACCCAACUAAUUAAUUCUGACUUGUUUUACGUUUGGAAACUGACUACAUUAAAAAGGAUUAAUGUUUUGAUAUUUAUUAGAAACGUAUCGGUGUCGUCGGCAUAAAAACAAGUUUUCUCUUAAUUAACGGUCUUUAAUCUUUGUCAUCUUCAGUUUUUUGAGUAAUUACAACUUAUUUAGUAUGAGAUCGUUUAAGCUCAAGGUUUAAUCUAAAUCUCCUGAUUGACAUUUUCUUGUAAUUUAAUAAUUAUGUGGAAUGGUUUUUACAUUUACCAGGUAAAAAGAUUUUUUUCUUGUAAUGAAAAAUAUAAAGUCAAAUGUUUAAACGAUAUAGGAAAGCACCUUUUUAAAAAUGAAAAGGAAAAAUAGGAACAAAGGAAAGCAAUACUCAACACGGGUAUAUAACGAAGAAGAUCAUGUCUGUAAAAACUGAUUAUUAUAAUUGAAAUGAAUCAUUUCCACCAGAUGCAUUUCUCUCCAAACUUUAUUUCUUUAAGGAGGACGCUCUAAAGGUCAUUCUUCAUAUUAUUUUCCAGCACUGAGACGCAUCCAUGUGUACAUAUCACAAAGCACACCUGGACAAAUCUGGGGGGACUUGUUAGUUUUCUUUGUUUUGGCAGUUUUCUGAAAAGUGCUUGUGGUUUCCAUGUGGAGAGAAGACGCUGUUGUUAGGUUAAAACUGCAGGCUGAAAAAAGUGCGAAAGAAGGGAAUGAACUGCAGUAAAAGCUUCACAGGGAGCCCAGAGGAGCACAAAAAAGUUCCUUAAAGAACCUUUCAUGGUUGGUUUGUAGCUGGUAGAACGUGGUGCAGGGGUUCCUCAGUGAACCGUCCGAAGUCCUCUGAUUGUUUGAUGCAAAUGUGGGAUUGAGGGGAUGAAAGGGAUGGUUUUUGUUGUUUUCAAUUUAAGUAGUUUUUACUUAAAGUAGACUGUUUGUAAGAACAGGGAAACGUGACUAAUGUUUAAAGUCAGAGUUUUUUUUUUUUUUAUUACUUUAAAUAUCUAUUUCUACUCCCUGUAUAAUCUCAAUGAAAUGACUUGCUCUUGUUCAUCUCAGUGUUUGGAUUUGAUGCAAUACUUUUGAUAAAAUAAAAAAUGUGCCCUUUUUUUGUAAUUCAACAGUCUAAAACCAAAUCUAAAAUGGUUUUCCUAUGUUCUAAUGAAAUGUAAAAAGUGCUGCAGUUGAGUGACGGACAGUUCAAACUUCAGUGAACGUGAAAGUUAACUCAAAAUUGAUGUGAUGUUUAUGGGAGAGAGUUUGGGCCAGCCGGAAGAAAUACUGAGCGGGGAGACUCAUCAUGCACUUCGAGAAAACAGUCGAAAUACAAACUUUUACGAAAUUUAUGCUUGACAUUGCGAACUUUGUUCUCGACAUUACGAACUUUAUUCUCGACAUUUCAACUUUAUUCUCGAUAAUACGACUGUAGUCUCAUAAUUUCGAAUUGAUCUUUGACAUUACAACUUUAUUCUCAAAAUCUUAUUACGACUUUACUCUCGACAUUUUGACUUUAUUCUCCGCAUUUUGACUUUAUUCACGUCAUUUCUACUUUAUUCUUGACGUUUUCAACUUUAUUCUCGACAUUUUGACUUUAUUCUCCGCAUUUUGACUUUAUUCACGUCAUUUCUACUUUAUUCUUGACGUUUUCAACUUUAUUCUCGACAUUUUGACUUUAUUCUCAAAAUGUUAUUACAAUUUUAUUCUUAACAUUUUGACUUUUUUCUCGAACUGCAUAAUUAUUUUUUUCCUCCUUGCUGGCCCCACUCCUCUCCCGUAGACCUUUGACCAUUUUGUGUCAGUUUUGAGUGCCAACGUUUUCUUGUUAAAGUGGCGAGGCAGAAUCUUCGCUGGCUGUUUUGUGCCCCGUGUUGAUCACAGCAGCACCAUCUGAAUGUCAUUCACGCCAAGUUACAAACUGUCCGCCAUGAUGAUGAUGAUGUGAUGAUGAAGGCCAUGGUGAAGGUGUGUUUUUUUAUUUUUAUUAUUACCUGUUUUAGUCUAUGAGACCGGGUACUUUUUAGUGUUUAAAUUCAAACAAAACCAAUAAAUGUUCACAACGACCAA